UCCUUCCCUUUUGUUCUCUCUCCUUCUCCUUCUCCUUCUCCUUCUCCUCCUCUCAUUCAUAUUCUCCAUCGUCUGCUAAUAAAGGAAAACAAGAAUGGUGGAUCUUGAAAGAAGAGUAUGUUGCAUGUGUGGUGAUGUGGGUUUCAUCGAUAAGCUCUUUCAUUGCAGCAAGUGCCUUAAUCGCUUUCAACACUCGUAUGUAUUUACAUAUUUGUACUGUAGUAGCUAUUACAAAGAGCAAGCUGAUCCAAUUAAGAUCUGCGAUUGGUGUCAAUGGGAAGCGAGGAGCCCAACCGGAGCAAAGCACGGUGUUAAAGGUAGAUCGUCUAAGAGAUCGUACCGGUCGGAAUAUUCUUCAGCUCACCAGAUCAAACAACAAGAGAUUAACCAGAUUACUACAAGUAGUAGUAUUCCUCCAGCAACAGACAAGGGUAAAACCGGCGCACCUUCUCCUAGAUCAGCCACUCGCAGGUACAAGCUUCUCAAGGAUGUCAUGUGUUAGUAAUGUUUUCGAAAUAACCAAAAUUUGAGAGAGUUAUAGGGUAAUUAGGAUCUGAGAUAUAAUAAGACACAUAUAAAUGUAUGUAAGAUAUAAAUAGGGAUGUCUUUGAUGUUGCUAUGAGUGUGAGAAUGUAAUAUACCUGCGGAGUUAUGUAUGUCAUGAUGAAUAUGAUGAUGUUAGCGAGUGUUUUAAAUAAAUAGUAUUUUUGGCUUUGAA